AAUACAAUGCUCUGUCCCGGUGGCUUCAGACACGAGCACCUCCAUUGCUUUCCCUGCUUCCUGUUACCUCAGGUUGGCAGAGAUAUGGGCACAUCAUCAGGAUAGGUGUCGCAUGGCUACGCACUACGCAGCUACUGCACAAACAGAGAAGUUGUUGCAACAUUUCAAACAUCAAAUCAAGACUUUUGGAGCAGAUUUAAGUGAAGGCACUGGGACAGUGUUGACACUCACGUCCCAGAAGAAGAAGGAGAAAAGAGCUGCCAUAUCAGAGGACAGUUAAAAGGAGGGGCUGAGCCUUCCCCCAGAUUACUACAAGGAAAAUGGUGUUUUUACCCAAGAAGCACAAAUUCCUUCUCCCCCUCCUCCUGUGUGUCCUCCUCACCUGUCUGUGCCAGGCAGCCAACACCAGCUCAGCCAACACCCCAACCGCUUCCUCUGCCUUCUCAAACGAUACUUCCCUGAAGGGCGUGCCAGGCUGUGGCACAGGACUGGACCCCAUCUACAGGUACCUGUGUGACCGCCGGGCAGCGUGGGGGAUCGUGCUGGAGACCCUGGCCUCCUCAGGCUUCCUCUUCACCAUGACUCUCCUCUUGGGCCUGCUGCUCUGGUCCCUGUGCAUCUGCAGUGCCUCCCGGCACCAGCGCAGCAGCAUCGCAGCCAUGGUUACUUCCAUGUCCUUGUUCUUGUUGGCCACAGCUGGGAUCUUCGCCAUCACCUUCUCCUUCAUCAUCCGCCUUACCCCACAGACCUGCGCCACCAGGAUCUUCCUUUUCAGCGUGCUCUUCUGCCUGGCCUUCUCCUGCCUAUUGGCUCGCCUCCUGGCUCUGCUGGGCUUCACAGCAGCCCAGGGCUGGAGCGAGCCUGCCAUAGCCCUGGGGCUCUUCACCGUGCAGGUGAUCAUCUCUGCCGAGUGGCUGAUCCUUGUGGUGGUCCGGGACAACAACCCUUGUGAGUACAGCCCCAAGGAAUUUGUCAUGCUGCAGAUCUACGUGCUGUGCCUCCUGUUUAUCAGCUUGAUCCUCUCCCUGCACUUCAUGUGCCGCUCCUGCUUCACACACAGCUACAGCUACAGCUACACAGGGCCCAUCAACCAGCAGGGCAGGCAACAGGCCAUGGUGCUCUGGCUCACCCUGCUGCUCUCCGCCUGCAUCUGGGUGGUGUGGAUCACCAUGCUCACCAGGGGAAACCCUGAGCUUGACCGGCGCCCGCAGUGGGAUGACCCGGUGCUUAGUAUCGCCUUGGUGGCCAACGGCUGGGUGUUACUGAUGGGGUACGCCUUGUCGCAGGUCGCCUUCCUCUGCAGAGGGGGGGCCAAGUCCAAGGAUAUCCCCCUGAGCUUUGUGGGCUGGACCAGCCCCACCGCUGACACCCCAGAACUGGGCGGUCAGAAGGAAGGGAAGGAAAAUGGAAGCUUUGAGAAAGACGGAGAAAACAGGAGAGGCAGGAGAACCGAGCAGUCGCUGAAGUCGCCCUACGAUGGAUUCUCCGUGAGAGAAAUCGACCCCGACAAAGACUACACCAUUCCUCGGCCUCAGCCCACCAACUACGCGGAACCUUAUGAUGAAUAUUAUGGACAAGAAUAAAAUCAACAUGCACAUGAACUGAAACCAAACCCAAAGCUGAGCACGACCCAACCCUUCUGUAUUUCAAAUGCUCGGCACAAAACUGCUUUUUGUUAAUGUCCUCAUGCAAAUGUAAAUAUUUGUGUAGCGUUAUAAGAAAUGUUUUAACAGAACUGUCAAACCCCCUGUCCCGAAAAGAAACGACUCAGCAGUGUGACUUUCACCAGGGAGGCUGGAAGUGUCCAGGGUGCAGCCUUCUUCUGGCGAGAAAUGCACAUCACAAAUGCUUAGUGAUGAUGGUGUGUGUGUGUGUCUGUGUGUACACUGUGUGCUAGACUGGGGUGGCAUGUAAUCCCUGAGGUGAUGGAGGCGGCGUGAAGCUGCAGAAGCAUCUGUGAACGGUGGAGAGGAGGGAUGAAAGGAGCGAGACGGGAGGAGAGGGAAGAGGGAGAUAAACUAAGAUGAGGCAGGAGGAGGUUAGGACAGGAAACCCGCCAGCUCUGGAGGGGUGGGGUGGGGGGGUGCCAUCCCCGAUUAACAUCCUCGUGGUUACGGUGACAUCCCAGCUCCUGGAUGCUGUGCUGCAGCAAAAACAACACACGUUCUGUGUAUAUGGACAGAUACAAGAUUUGUCAAUAAAAU